GCAACUCGUGUCCCAAGAUCAUAGAGGAGUGGGGCGGUCUGCCAUGCUGACUGUCAGUCAGUCGGUUGGAAAUAGGGCUGAUUAGACGACGUGCUCAAAAUGUGAAAUAAAGUACUGUAGUCUUCCAUCGACAGUUAGUGGCUGUGAAGUACUGUAGUAUCUCUUUGGAAAUUGUGUUGUUAUCGGUAUUCUUUUGUUGGAAGUUACUUUGCACAAAUAUUAUUAUCGCGAUGUCACGUGGCGUUGGGCUGAGUGUCAUGGACAGCCUUCGGCUUAAUUCGCCCGAUCGCAAAAAUGUCUGGAAAGAAGAGAAGGAACGCAAGUUGGCCAAGCUCAAGCAACUACGUGCAGAACGAGAAAAAAGACGCAGGGAGCAGUUGGCCAAAGAGGCUCAGGAAGCAGCUUUAAGAGCGAGCAAUCAACCCCGCGAUGAUCAGCAAGACCUGGACAAAAUGCUCUCCUCUCUGGGAGUGGCACCUGUCUCUGAUAAGGACAAAGUGAAACAAGACAUUGUGAAAAACCUCACGAUAACUCCACCCUCAGUGGAAGAACCAAAAGACCAAAUCAACACCCCUUCUGAACCACUGCAGGCAGAGGAGAAAACUGAAGUGUUGUCAAGCAUGUCCAGCAUAUCAUCUGAAGCGGGUGGAGAUCAGACUGCUUCUCCGGACAAAAGUUUGGAAGCUAAUGCCUCGGCAUCUCCCCGUACACCUAGCAAACGGCCACCUCAGCUUUCGGUCGUGAGUGUUCAGGCUACAAACAUUCCACCUCGGGAGACUGUUGUCUACACAAAGGGAGUCCAGACUUCUACUUCUGGUGACGGCCCCGGUUACUAUGAGGACUGGUGGAGGCCCCGCAAAGCCCAUGCCUUCGACUAUUACGGAGAUGGAAUCUUAGCUCAAAUUCGAUCUAAAUACCACAAUAUGCACGAAUAUAAUCUAAACCCAGCGCUAGAAUGGGAUGAUGAGUUCACAGACUCAGCUGAAUCAAGAUACAGUGGUUGCGCUAGAUACGUUCUCACCUACGAUGAUCCGCAAGCCGAGGAGGAGGAUAACUCCUUAACAAUGCUUGACACUCCACCUAUGUAUGGAAGGGGCCACAACCGCCACCUUCCCCCUGGUAUUCUUCCUACUGGAAUGCCACAAGUGCAAGAUGUUAAACCAGCUUUGGCCACAGAAGCUGAGAAGAAAAUAGAGGAGGAGAAACCUCAGCCAGCACGAGAACUCUCUGAUGAAGAAAAGCAAAUGCUUAUGAUGACUGAAGAGUUCCAUAACUUUUUCGAUCGGUCGACCCGCAUUGUUGAACGUGCUCUUUCUGAAGAUGCCAACAUAUUUGUUGACUAUUCUCAUGACCAUGAAGAAGACGGCGAAGCAAGCGAGAAUGGAGGAGUGAAGCUCUCCCUCAACCGAUGGUUUUAUGAUGAGCGCUGGUCCCGCAACAGAUGCAUCACUUGCAUGGACUGGUCACCCCAGUAUCCUGAGCUUUUAGUAGCAAGUUACAACAAUAAUGAGGAUUCACCACAUGAUCCAGAUGGUGUAGCACUAGUGUGGAACACAAAGUUUAAGAAAGAUACCCCAGAGUACAUCUUCCAUUGCCAGUCACCUGUGAUGUCAGCUACAUUUGCCAGGUUCCAUCCUAACCUUAUAAUUGGUGGAACAUACUCCGGGCAAAUUGUGUUGUGGGAUAACAGAAGUCAAAAGAGAACACCUGUUCAGCGUAGUCCACUUUCGGCUGCAGCACAUACACAUCCUGUAUACUGUAUGAAAGUAGUUGGCACACAGAAUGCUCAUAAUUUGAUUAGCGUCAGCACGGAUGGCAAGAUGUGUUCCUGGUCGCUGGAUAUGCUGUCACAGCCUCAGGAAUCUAUGGAGUUACAGCACAAGCAGUCGAGAGCUGUUGCUGUGACAUGUCUUGCAUUCCCUCAUGGUGAUGUCAACAACUUCAUUGUAGGGUCAGAAGAAGGUGCUGUUUUCACUGCAUGCCGUCAUGGUAGUAAGGCUGGUAUUGUUGAUGCUUAUGAAGGCCAUCAAGGACCAGUGACUGGUGUGAGCACGCAUUCUACCCCAGGUCCUAUUGAUUUCUCUCAUCUUUUCCUUACCUCUUCCAUUGACUGGACAGUUAAGCUUUGGUCUGUGAAGCAUUGGUCAAUAAAGGAAACGAAACCCUUGUAUUCAUUUGAGGAUAACGGGGAUUAUGUUUAUGAUGUUGCAUGGUCACCCAUACAUCCAGCAUUGUUUACAUCAGUUGAUGGCACAGGUCGAAUUGAUUUGUGGAACUUGAACCAGGAUACUGAGGUUCCAACAGCAAGCACUUACGUUGAAGGCAAUCCAGCUCUGAAUAGGGUUUCAUGGACAAAUUCAGGGACGCAGAUUACUGUUGGUGAUGAUCUGGGCAAGAUUUGGAUAUAUGAUGUUGGAGAACAACUUGCUGCACCCCGAGCAGAUGAUUGGGCUCGGCUAGUACAUACCAUGGGUGAGUUGAAGAACAAUCAGGCAGAUGAUGAUCAGUCAACCAGACAUUAUGAAUCAACAUUUUCAUCACUUACUUCCUUGUCUUCAUCACCUUUAAGAUAAAGGAAAAUUGACUUUAAAGAAUUGUGUACUAUUGCUGUAAUUAGUAUUGAAGUUCAGAUUAAAAAUGUGAUAUUCUAACCUAUAAUUUAUGUGCUGUAAUGAGAACAUAUAUAUCUUAAUGUAGUUAAAUUAUUAUAAAUUUGAAUUUGAAACCUAUAAUACCGAAGGAUUGCUGCUGCUUUGUUGGCUUAUAGAAAAGCUGUUGACAUAUAUGAAUAGCUAAAGAUAAGCAGCUGCUUUUGAGUAAAAUGAGUGAGCAGCUUAUUUAUGGGAAAUGAGUUAUUAAUAAACAAUGUGCAAGUU